AGAGAGAAACACUGUGAUCCAUUGAUAUUCCUGACGUCCGGGCGUUGAACCAUCAACCAUUCAGAGCCUGGUGAUGUCAUUAAACCAGGAAUGUCAGACAGGAAAAAGGACAGGAAAGGAGCAAACCCUGACAGACUGAUGGUGCAGCAGCAGAAUGCUAAUGUAGCCACACUAGCUCAACUACUGUUGUGUUGUUGAGAAGGAAAUAACAAUAUACAUCCAACCGACAUCCAACUGUGGGUGGGGGCAUGUAAUCUACUGGACCUGGAUUAGAACAUUAAUAAUAAUCCAUAAUCUCAUUUUAUGUUCAGAUUUGUUUUUAGCCCUUUAUUUUAUCUACCUCCACUUAAAAAGAAAAUAGGCUCCCUCUAGUGCAUGCCACUAGAGGGAGCCCAAGACCAAACCUCAGGGUUUAAUUUAGUCGCUGCUGAGCACAGACUACAUGACAAAUCAGUUCCCUGGACUCGUGGAAGUGUAGUCAUCCCAGAUGGCGCUGUGACCAACCACCGCCUUCCUGUUUACUGUGGUGAAGCGUCCCCUCAGGACAGACGGCACAUACGGACAGCAGACGGCCCAGGGAGGACCGUCUGUCAGAACUCAGAACUGUCACACACACUCGGCUCCACCUGACUGGAGGUGAAACGAGGCGGGUCGUGCUGUCGCUGCACAGUCAAGUCAGGUCAUGUCUCCAAGUCCCAGGAAUGAAAAUAAACCUCUGACUGAAGUUGUUGAACAGUUCUGUUAAUCACGGCGUAAACAUGGACCGAGUCAGAAGUUCUAGUUUCUGAAGAGACUUGACAACAGGUUCCAACAUUGAACAGUAGAAACGUCAGAGGUUUGAAACCUGAAAACCUUCAUGACACACAGUAUCAAACCAUAAUAUUCCGUGGAAACACACACACACAGAGAGUGGGAGCAGGAUAAGAAGUGGGCGGGGUUUAUUGGAUCAGUCAGUCCAGCGCUGCUGUGCCUCAGUCCACUCCUCAGGAGUGUAACUCUGUGUGAACUUCUUUAAAGGAGAACAACAACACUGACCUGCAGCAGAACCCGGAGCAGGAACAAUGGAGGACUUUGACUAUUACGAGGAGGAAGAUCACAACAGCAGCUACGAGUACAACUAUGAACACAGCGUGUGUGACAAAGAGGCCGUGCGCUCUUUCGCCAGCGUCUUCCUCCCAAUCAUCUACGCCCUGGUCCUGGUGGUGGGACUCGCAGGAAACGCGCUGGUGAUAGUGGUCUACGCAUCACGGCUACGGCUGCGGACCCUGACGGACGUCUGCAUCCUGAACCUGGCUGUUUCCGACAUUCUGCUUCUCCUGACCCUGCCGUUCUGGGCCGCCGACGCCAUUCACGGCUGGAUGUUGGGGAAAGCGGCCUGUAAGAUCACCUCCUUCCUCUACAGCACCAACUUCAGCUGCGGCAUGCUGAUGUUGGCGUGCAUCAGUGUGGAUCGCUACCGAGCAGUGGUCAACAGCGGCGCAGGACGGAGUGAGAGAAGGUCACGGGUCAGGAGGCAGUGGCUCCUGGUCUGUGUGGUUCUGUGGGCUGCGGCCGCCAUCCUGGGCCUCCCAGAACUGGUCUUCUCCACAGUCAAACACACCCAUUACAGGACGGCCUGCACGGACGUCUACCCCCACAGCAUGGCCCGGGCCACGAAGGCUGCCUUGGAGCUGACGGAUGUCGGCCUCCGGUUCCUGCUCCCAUUCUUGGUCAUGGUGGUUUGUUACUGCCGGGUCGGCCGAGCCCUGAGUCAAGCAGCCGGGGUUCGGAGGCAGCGGAAGUGGCGCACGUUGAGGGUCCUGCUGGCCGUGGUGGCCGUCUUCCUGCUCACCCAGCUGCCCUACAACGUAGUCAAGCUGUGCCGAGCGAUGGACGUCAUCUACCUCCUGGUGACAGACUGUGAGGUCAGCAAGAGCCUGGAUCACGCCAUCCAAGUGACGGAGAGCCUGGCGUUGAGCCACGCGUGCAUCAACCCGCUGCUGUACGCCUUCAUGGGCUCCUCCUUCAGAGGACACGUCCUCAAGGCAGCCAAGCACUUAGGGGAGCGACUCAAGAGACGUCCACUAGAGGGCAACCAAGAGCCCACUGUGGAAAUCUCUCUCAAUACAUGUAACCAAACCCAAUCGCAGUCCGGUUCUGAGGACCAGGACACCAGCAGCUUCACCAUUUAGAACUCUGAUCCAGUCCUGGUCCAAGAACCUUUUUAUUUUUCUGGAUGAUACGUUGAGAUGUAAAAACAUAGGUUCUGGAACAUUGAACCACACGGAGUUUUACUGCUAGGUUUACACCAGCGCCUACUUUAAUCACCGAAGUCAUCGACUAAAGUCGUGUUCCUAUUACGAUGAUGUUUUUAUGAACCAAUCAGUGAGCAACAGUACUCAGAGUGUGUUCAGGUGUCUGAUACUGUUGGCCAGUAAACAUCAACCUGGUGUAUGUUUCACAGAACAAAGGUUAAAUGAACGAGUUAAUAAAGGAGUCACGUGACGAGGACGACCGGUCGACUCCUUAUUCAAAGACGGAUCAUUCUGAAUUAGCUUUUGUAAAAUUAAUUCAAAUUGUUCAUUGUUUCUAGUUCGGAGUUCGGUUCCAUAGUGUAGUGGUUAACAGGCCCGCCUCACAAGAAGAGAACAGGUAGUCCUGGGUUUGAUUCCCAGAGGAAACACAAGGGGCAGCAGAUCUGCCGUUACCGCAAAAAUUCCCCAACUGUUGGAUCAAUAAAGUUUAAAUUAUUGGUGUUUGUUUUGCAGUUUUAUUAAUGUAUUAAAAUAUUUCAACAUAA